GACGUCACGACGCAAAGGUCACGCAUUUCGGAGUCACAUGAACGGGUCACAGCUUUCAGUCUUUCCUCCCUUUAAUAUCUUAUUUUAUCUACAGUUUUGAAAACCCGACAUGGACGAGGACGGUCUGCCAAUCGUUGGUUCUGGAGUUGAUCUCACGAAGGUUCCUGCUAUACAACAAAGGAGAGUCGUCGCCCACCUCAAUCAGUUUGUUGUGCACACAGUUCGCUUCCUUAACCGAUUCUCUACUGUGUGCGAGGAGAAACUUUCAAAUAUUUCCCUUCGCAUACAACAAAUUGAAACCACUUUGUGUAUUUUGGAGGCCAAAUUAUCAUCCAUUCCUGGACUGGAGGAAGUCACAGUGGAUGGACUCAACCAGCAGCAAAGUGUCCAGUCUAAUGGACCGGUUAGCGCCAGUCAGAACCAAUCAGACGGCGUAACAGCAGGGGGAGCUCCUCCCUCACAGCCCGGUCAGAGUCACCCAGAAGCUGCACCUGCACCAGAAAAAGCAGAAGCGGUUCCAGAGAAUGUCAUGACUGUGGCUAAGGACCAACGUUAUGCACGUUACCUGAAAAUGGUUCAAGUGGGAGUACCGCCAAUGGCUAUUCGUAAUAAAAUGCUUAUGGAAGGUUUGGAUCCAAACCUGCUUGACACACCUGACGCGCUGGUGCCUGAUGGAGCAGAGAAUGAGGAUAUUCCUGCCACCAGCUCUGACAGCGAAUCAUCGUUCAGCGACUGAUUUCUGCCUCUGCACAGCUCCAUGUUCAAGGCUGUCCGUUGCAACAUGCGCAUCCUGCAGGCUGUUUGCUACUGCAGAUUGUGAAAAUGUUCACAUGAAGGUGCUUAAAUAAUUGCAAUUCUUCUGGAAAUGGUCAACAAUCCCUUUGCUGCUUGUCAGAAAGCUAACUUUAUAUGUGUUUUUCAGUUGUUUGGAAUUAUUUUGAAUUGAAUCUGUAAAACUUACAACGUUCAAACACUGUACCGUUUGUACGAUAUAGUAGUUGGAGUCCUGCUUUCACAUAAAAAGCUACUAUUUCUGUUCAAGUUAGUAUUAAGAACGACGCAGUGGGAGAUGAACUUUGACCUUAGGAGCUAUUAAACAUUUAAAUCAAGUCUCUAAAUCAGCACCACCUUUAGCGCUGUGCAGUGCAUUAAGGUUUGGCACUGAAAUACGAAAUCCUCAUUAUUAUUAUUAAUGCUGGUUUGAAUUGAGAUAUUUGCUGCACCAGGAAACCAAUUGUAAGAUUUACCAGCUAAACUUUUCUCUCUGGGCUAUUUAGGAUUAAUUUGGCUCAUAUAUCUUGCAAAAAAAAAAUAUAGUUACUUAAAUUUUUUAAUGAGGAAAUUAAAAAGAUUUAAAGCAUUUUCUUAAUUUCAUGACAUUAUGAAACUGGAGGUGUUUAUAUUGGGGAAAAUAAAUCUUAUCCUGUUGCACAAACUUGACUGUAUGAUAUUUAGUACUUGGUUGGACAUAAAACCAAACAAUAAUUAGUUUAGUUUUAUGUUAUUUCAUAAUUAUUAUUUCAAUGUAAAUUAAACAUAAAUUCUUCUUGAUGUUUC